AUGCAGUUGCAAUUAAACUUGUUUGUUAUCGCGUUGGUUAUUGGUUAUGUGGCGAGUGCACAUAUACCAGAAUGUCCUUGUAAAAAUCAUCAACCUGAAAUAAAACACUCACAUGAAUCGCAUUCGGAGUCCCAUGAUCAUCAUGAGAUUUCAUUCUCGUCUGAUCAUGAACAUGAUCACGAUCAUGAAUCCUGUACAGAAGAGAGUCAUGAUCAUGAAAAGAAGAAACAUUGUGGAGGUGAAGAACAUUCUGGGUCUUCUAGCAGUAGUAGUAGUUGUGAACAUGAACAUCACACCACAACUAAACCCUGUGGUUGUACUAAUAAUGGUGGCCAUCAUGGCGAUUCCCAUGACCAUAGUUCCCAUUCAUCUAGUUCUAGUAGUUCUAGCUCCAGUAGUUGCCAGAGAAGUAGUUCCGAAUCUAAAAGUCAUCAUAAUACACCUAAACCCAAACCAUGUGGUUGCAAACCAUCAGAACACUCUUCCGAAGAUCAUCAUCAUUCUUCCGAUUCGUCUGAACAUAGUCAUGACCCUGAUUCACACUCUCAUUCUCACAGUUCAGAGUCUAGUUCAGAAGAACAUGAACAUAAGAAGAAGAAACCUUGUGGUUGUGGUUCUCACUCUGAUUCUUCUGAUAGCAGUAGUAGUAGUUCAGAAUCCGAUCAUCACCAUCACCCUAAACCGAAACCAUGUGGUUGUACCAAUAAUGGCCAUCAUCAUGAUCAUUCUGAUUCGUCAGACAGCGAUUCAAAUUCGGAAUCUCAUUCUCAUCACCCUAAACCAAAACCUUGUGGUUGUGGCGAAAACAAUGAUGAUCACCACCACCACCAUCAUGAUCAACAUGAUCUUCUCGCCCAUAUAUUAGACCUGGUUAAUCAAUUACUCGACAAACUUGGCUUGGGACACACAGUUACUUCUGUUGUGGAUACUGUUGAUUGCACAGUUGAUUCAGUCCUAGACACCGUUGAUGAUACUUUAGGAACAGUUUUGGAUACUGUAGGAGACGUGCUAGAUCCUGUUCUGAAUACGGUUGAUAAUGUUGUAGACACAGUAUUAGAUACAGUGGACCCUGUUUUGGAUACGGUAAUCUGUACUCUAGACCCAGUUCUCGACACUGUAACAGACACAGUCGCGCCUGUUUUGGAUACUGUAGGAGACGUGGUAAAUCCUGUCCUGAAUACGGUUGAUAAUGUUGUAAGUCCAGUCUUAAGCACAGUAGUUGAUACAGUAGCCCCUGUUUUGGAUACGGUAGCCUGUACUCUAGACCCAGUUCUCGACACUGUAACAGACACAGUUGCGCCUGUUUUGGAUACUGUCAAUGACGUUCUAUCUCCUGUUGUUAACACCGUAACAGACGUAGUGGCUCCAGUAUUGGACACAGUUGGUGACACGGUUGCUCCAGUUUUAGAUACAGUCAACAACGUGCUAAGUCCCGUUCUGUGCACUGUAACAGAUACAGUAACACCUGUUUUGGAUAAUGUGGUAGACACAGUUGCCCCAGUAGUUGACGCAGUAACAUCCGUCGUAGACCCUGUAGUAAAUACAGUAGUCAACACAGUGGAACCUGUUUUGGACACUGUCACAUCAGCAGUGGCUCCUGUAGUAGACGCACUUGCUCCCGUAGUAGAUACAGUAACAGAUGUAUUGGAUCCUGUGGUUAAUACUGUUACUGAUGUUGUUGCACCUGUUGUUGAGAGUCUUCAACCAGUUCUGGAUGCAGUUUCUCCUGUAGUCAAUACAGUCGCGGAUACACUUGCCCCAGUUGUGGAUUCACUCACUCCUGUAACUGAUACUGUAACGGAUACAGUCGCUCCAGUUGUCCAAUCACUUGCCCCUGUGACUGAUGCUGUCGCUCCGGUUGUAAGUGAUCUUGGUGAUACCUUAGCGCCUGUUUUGGAUGCUGUUGCACCGGUUACAGACGCACUUGCGCCUGUACUUGAUUCGGCCUCACCUGUAACAGCUCCUUUGUUGACUAAUACUCCUUUGGGAGAUGUUGCUGGAGGAUUAUUAGGUGAUAAUGCUGGUAAUACUGAUAAUACUGGUAAUACUACUGGUGGUGAUGAUGCUGGUGGUGCAGAAACAAAUCCUUUGAAUAUUGUAAAUGUUUUAACUGGAGGUUUAGGUGCAGGUACAGAUCCUGUUGAAACUCCUGCUCCAGGUGACGCUAGUCCAACCGAACCAACAACGGCUGUACCUGAUGUUGCCCAACCUGUAUUAGCAGCUGUUACUAACCUAGCACCUGUUAAAUCCGUUGGUAAAGUUUUGCGAUUAUAAACUAAUAAAUAAUAUGUCUACAUAAAAUAUUAAUCAACAAACAAAAAACUGUUUAUUAUGCAGUUCCAACAAGUUGUAGUUGUAGUAGGCGUUGUAGUCAUUUGUAAAUGAGACACCAAGAUAAUUUAUAAAGUAUAAACCGUUGUACGCUCACACAAUAGUCAGAAG